GACAGACUCGACAGUGACAGAUACUUUUGAUAGCUAUUUAAUAAGAUUUAAACUUUGUUGAAGAAGUUGAAACUUGAAAUGAAUUAAAAAAAUAAAUAUAGUGAUUGUAAAUAACUGAACUUGAAUUUAAGUUAUUAUCCUGAUUCAUACGAGGCAUUGAUCUUCUAGAAGGACCAAAAUGAGUGAUCUAGAUUCUGAGCACUCAGAGGCUACCCCCUGUGAAAUGACUCCUCAGGAAACUGAGAAACAGGAGGAGGCCAAACUGAGGGCAAAAUACACAACCCCCACAGUGCCUGGUGGUGUACCAGGACGAAUGGCCAGUGGACACUCAGCCUUCCUGCAGAAACGCCUUGCUAAAGGACAGAAGUUCUUUGAUUCUGGAGACUAUCAGAUGGCUAAGCAAAAAUUUGCAGCACCUUCUAAGCCAGGCUUGCAGCUGCCUGGCCCAAGUCCUUUUGUUGUCACUGGGGAUGCUAUUCCCACCCCUGAGACUGUUCCUCUUAGAAAGACUUCUUUAGUGCAGCCUUCAAAGUUUUCUAAUGUUAAUUAAGUUGUUGGAGAGUGUGAGAGAUGUUUGAACUUUUUGGUUAUUUUGAUAAUAAAAUAGUGGAGUUAAAUCUUCAUUACUGGGAACAUUCAUUGCCUAUUACUUGUAUGAUAAUUACUUCUGAAAGAUACAAAUAAAUAGUUUUGAGAUUCUCUGAAUAUU